GCACCAUGAACUAAUGAAGUGUUGUGCAGUGUUCCGCACUAAUCCUUCAGUCAUAUCACUUGAGGUGUCAGUGUAGGCGUUGUUUUGAGCGCCAAUUCCUUUUUGAAGCAGCGCAUGUCAAACCAUCACUUUCCAUACUUUUACUCAUUUUUUCUUCACUUUUAUAGCUUCCACCAACUGGAUCUAAUCCAGACCUUGUACGAAGUAGUCCAGCUCCAACAUCAACAGCUUUAAAACCUGAAACUGCCUCUGCAAAAAUUGAAAGUCCUUCUAGUAAGCCUUCUGCGGAUAAACCUGUUGCAGCAGAUGUUAUGAAGUCCAGUGACAUAAUGAGUCAAUCUUACACACAAAUUUCAAAAUCGGAUAGUCCGACUCGUAAGAUGAUAAGUGGGAGUAAACUCCCCACUUCUACUACCACUACUACAUCAACACCGCCUAUCCCUACUGGUAUUAAAAUGCCAAUAAAUCCUCCAGAGAUCUCGCAAGCGACAGCAGCACUUAGUGAUGUAAAAGCGGCUGCGCAGAAGGUGGAUUCUGAAAAUGCACCAAGUGAACUUAGAGAUACGUCUCAAAAAAUACCAAAAACAUCUGUAUCAGCUGUUCCAAGUGGUACUGGUAAGUACAUCCCAGACACAGAGUUGGAACUGGCAAAUCUACGUGCUGAAGUAAUCGAAUUUCGUGAACAAAUUGAUGCUUUAAAAGCUAAACGGGAAGAAGAUAGAAAUAGAAUACAAGAAUUAGAACGUGUUAAAAUUCAGCUGUCACAAGUUGAAGAGAAUCGACGUCGAAUCCGACAACAAACAGCUGAAUUACAACGUGAAAGUGCUCAAUUAAAAACACAAGUAAUAGAUGGAGAAAAGUCUGGUGUGUUUUGUAGACAGACAAACACUAGUAAUAUAAAUGAUUCUGUAUUCCUUAGUCCAUCGAAUAACAACAGUAUGAACAAUAUUCGCCGUGGUAUCGAUGAUGCUAACAAUAAAACAACUGGAACAAUGAAUAGAACUCCGAAUAGAGAUAUGGGUGGAUUGAAGCCGCCAUCAUUAAAUGCUGGAAUGGAUUCUGGCAAUAAUAUGCUUACAGACAAACCAGUAGGUAGUAGCAUUGGCAGACAUAAUUCAAUGCGAUCGUUGGCUGCAUCUAAUCGACCAACAAGUCUGUCAAGAACAGCAAGUGUAAGUUGACCAACUCUCAUUUCAUGUCCUUUUCGCUUUCCACUCCCCACAAUCUGCUUAGUUAUUAUUUUUAUUUCCCUCCAAAGUUUAAGGAUUUCGUUUACUAUAAAUGCACACAGUGAUUUUAAUGAGGGAAGGUCAAAAAGGCCAUAGCUUUCGUCAGUGUCCGCGACUAUGAAUCUGUAACCGGAUAAGACUUGGUAAGGGACCUUUUUGUUAGUGAGACUCACCGUAUUUAUACGUUUUUAGCUAUAUUUAUGGUCGACUAGAUCAACGGAUAAUAAACUAUUCUGAUUGGUUGUUAGUUUUCUGAAGGUCAAACUUUUGGGACGUGAAGUUGUCUACUGACAGUAGGUUGUUCUGAUUAGUUGUUGAUUUUUUGGGGGUUAAAUCUUGAGGUUGUUUUCUGACCACAACGUAGGCGAGUUGCAGAUUUGAGAAAUAAACACUUCUAUUUCU